AUGCACUUGAGUUUCCGGGGUUUUCUUUACUUAACAGUCACACUUAUUAUUGCGCUUCAGAUAUACUUUCGAUUGCUGGCUACAGACAAAGUUUUGGUCGUCCUUGGAAGUGGAGGCCACACAGCAGAAAUGACUUACGUUCUCAACAUGCCGGGCGUACUUGAACGUUUACAGCCUGCCCACUACCUUAUUGCCAGGGGUGACGGUCAUUCUAGAGCCGCUGCACUUCGACUUCCUGCCUCAUCCCAGGCCAACAUCCAUUGUGUGACAAGGGCGCGCCGAGUACACCAGCCCUAUCACACAGCUAUUUUCACCACUCUUCUCGCCUCGUUAGAGACUGCGUGGCUACUCAUUUGUCUCCGCCCACGACUUGUGCUUGCAAAUGGUCCUGGGACCGCUUUCCCACCUCUUUGCCUGGCCUACCUAUUUCGAUCUCUGUUUGGGCUAUCCGUUACUACUGUGUAUAUUGAAUCAUUCACUCGUGUCAGGCGUCUCUCUGCUACAGCGCGGUUAUCUUCAUGGGCGAUAGACGCUCUAAUCGUCAAUUGGGAGCAGCUUGCAACGCAGAAGAAUAUGCUCCACAUUCCUCUAUAUCAUUUGUAG